AUGGCUGCCUUCCUUAUUGCUUUGAUGGUCUUACUCAUGCAACCAUGGUGUGUAUGGUUGCAAAAUUCUACUGUAGAACCGGAGCAACCGCAUGUAGAAGAAAGUGGUGUUGGUGAUAAUUUUAUCAAUGUGACACUCACACCGGGCGAAUUUAACAAAAGUGAAGGCCGACCAGUUGGUAGCGAUAUGUAUGUUAAAUAUAGAAAAGCUGGUGAAGAUGGAUGGGAAACUGUAGAACCGAUAGACGAUGGAUUUUUUGUACACAUCAGUGAUUUGGAUCCUGGAACGAAAUAUGAAGUAGUCGUAGUUUCGAAGCAGUAUGAUCUUUCUGGAAAUGUUCGUGAAACGGAGUCAUCUGUCGCCCAUAUAAGUACUACUGGAAGUGCACCACAAAGUGCUCGGCUUUGGUGGUUAAUCAUUAUCUUAUUGGUGAUACUCCUUUUGCUUAUUAUUCUCUGUAUUGUUUGCGUGGCAGCCCGACAACGUGGCGCAAAGUAUCCAGUCUCAGAGAAGGAAAGGCAACAAGGCAGAAUGCCAAUAUUACCUGGUGCCAAAGAUAAAGGAUUUGGUGAAUACAUCAAGCCAGAAGAUGAUGAGAAGCGGUCACUAACAGGAAGUAAAAUGGAGUCCGAAACUGAUUCAAUGGCGGAAUAUGGCGAUACAGAUCCUGGACGCUUUACGGAAGAUGGUUCUUUUAUCGGACAGUAUGUACCGAAUAAAACGCUGGUUAGUACUGCAAACGACAAACCUGGUAGGGAUUCGGCUUCGACAUUUGUUUGA